AACUUUAAAUAGCUCAUAUUACAUUUCCCUCUCUCUGCAUUUCGCACUCUUUACGACUACUUCGCCCCUCGUUUCUUCUUCGGAGACGGUUCUUUCUUUCAUUUCCAUUUAUUUUUCUUGAAUCUUGCUGCAGAGAUCUAUGGCUGACCAACCAGGCGAGCCAGAUUCGGUUAUUGGAAAGAUCUCCGAGAAGAUCGACGCUCUCCAUUCAUCGUCUUCUUCCGACUCCGAUGAUGAUAAGCCUUCGAAACUCGACGCUGCUAAAUCCCGCGUUCGUAGGCUCUUCGGUAGAGAAAAGCCCGUAUACGAGGUCCUGGGCGGUGGAAAACAUGCUGAUGUUUUUCUUUGGAGGAACAAGAAGAACUCUGCAGGUGUCCUUGGGGGUGCCACCGCCUUGUGGAUCCUUUUUGAGCUGCUUGAGUACCAAUUAAUCACUCUUGUCUGCCAUAUAUUAAUUCUUUUUUUGGCUUUAAUUUUUGUGUGGUCUAAUGCUAAUACGUUUAUCAACAAGUCUUCACCCCACAUCCCAGAAAUUAGACUUAAUUUAGAUUGCCUGCCUGAGGUUGCCAAUCAACUGAGAAUUGAAAUCAACCGAGUAAUAUCAACUUUACGUGAUAUUGCUUCUGGGAGAGAUUUGAAGAAGUUUCUAAGUGCUUUUAUUGGCUUAUGGGUUCUAUCAGUAGUUGGCAGUUGGUUCAACUUUCUGACUUUAGUCUAUAUAUGCUUUGUCUUGCUACACACUGUGCCAGUACUUUAUGAGAAGUAUGAAGAUCAGGUUGAUCCAAUUGCUGAGAAGGCCUUGAUAGAGCUCAAGAAGCAGUAUGCUGUAUUUGAUGCCAAGGUUUUGAGUAAAAUCCCCAAAGGGCCACUCCAACAAAAUAAGAAGGAUUAGAUUAUGAGGCAUUUGUGUCUGGUUAGGCUUACUUUCACAUAUCUUUUAGCAGUCUUGUUUCUUUUUCUGGCAAGGCAGCUCUUUGUUACUUUUCCCUGGAGUUUCUCAAAUACUUUGUGUUAGAAGCCUUUCUGCUGCUGCAUUGUUUCACUGCAGUAAAAUUUUUCAGUAAAUUAAUAAAUUCUGCACCCAAUAUAUCUUGCUUUUCUUCCUA